UGCUAGAUUGGCCUCUCUCUUUGGUCUGGAUCAAACAGUCUCAAGCCAUGGAAAUGAAUUCUUCCAGUACACUGCACCAAAGCAGCCUAAGAAGGGUCAAACAGCAGCUGGUCAGGCAGCCCAGAAGGCUCCUGUGGCCCCAGCAGCUUCAGGAGCACCAUCAGUGUUCAUGGCCACCGCGGUUCAUGCUUAUCGAUAUACAAAUGGGCAGUACUUGAAGCAAGGCAAGUAUGGAGCAGCUGUAGUGGGAAACCAUGCUACUAAAGAGUACAGGAUCCUCCUUUACAUCAGUCAGCAGCAACAGAUCGCAACUGCAAGGAUCCAUCCAGGCUUCAUAUUCACGGUUCAACCCAACAAUUACAGUACGUUCUAUGAUGAUCAGAGACAAAACUGGUCCAUCAUGUUUGACUCAGAAAAGGCAGCAAUGGAUUUCAGUAAACAGGUAUGCAUUGCCAAAUGCAACAGCUCCCCAGUGCUUGAUUCAGUCCUCUACCAGGAUCUCCUUCUUGGAGAAGGGCAGGGAGUAGAAGGAGGAGACUCUCUGGAGAUUGCCUAUACGGGUUGGCUGUUCCAGAACAAUGGGCUUGGACAGGUGUUUGACUCAAAUGUUAACAAAGACAAGCUGUUGCGGCUAAAGCUGGGAUCUGGGAAGGUCAUCAAGGGCUGGGAAGAAGGAAUGAUGGGGAUGAAGAAAGGAGGACGAAGGUAUCUCAUUAUUCCUCCAGCAUGGGCCUAUGGGGCUCAGGGAGUGGCUGGCCGUGUCCCUCCAGACUCUACUUUAGUUUUUGAGGUGGAAGUUAGGCGGGUGAAGUUGGUAAAGGAAUGCUCUGGUUCGGAUGGGCAGAGUGUUAGUUCCAGGGAUUCUCCUGCACCUUCUCCAGUACCCAAUUCAGAUGGCUUGUCUGCAGACACUGGUUUAUUGCCUCCGUCUACGAUACCUCCAAAGCCUGGGGAGCCAGCUGUUCGGGCCAAAUCAAACUCCAUCAGUGAACAGCUAGCAGUAAGUGUUUCUAAUCCAGAUGUAGCAAAGGCAAAGCUAAUUUCUCGGAUGGCUAAAAUGGGACAGCCCAUGCUGCCUUUCCUUGCUGGGACAGCAGGUAGUCAACUUGACUCCAGUGACUCGGAAAUAGAGGAUCCAAAUACACUGAGAGGGACAGCACAACCAGUGACUUCAUCUUCCAUGAGACCAUCACAGUCAGCUCAUGCAGUACUGCCCACAGUGUCAACACAAG